AUGGAGUCGCAGCGAACAGAACCACUUUCCAUCGAAUCAUUGCUGAAGAAGCAGCGUGAAGAGAAAGAGGCAGCGGCAAAGCCCAAGUUUCUUUCUAAAGAAGAACGAGCGAAGCUUGCCAUAUCAAAGCGAGCUCAAGAAAUACGAGAACAAAAGGAAAAGGACGAGUUGUCUAAACGGGACCGUGAAGUGUUGGAACGCGAGGCAAGCGAACUCUCUAUUCGAGAGAGAAUUCAACCAAGCAGGCAUGGCGACCGCUAUGGCAGACGAGAUCGGGAUAGAGAUGGACACCGUGGGGGACGACAGCCCCCGCCACCCCAUGCCCAAGACGACCGCCAGCCUACGAGUACCUAUGUUCCUCCCAUGACCGAGAACGAUCUUACAGCCAUCCGAUCCCGCUACCUCGGCGUUGACAAAAAGAAGCGCAAGAUUCGGAAGAUGAAUGACCGAAAGUUCGUUUUUGACUGGGACACUCAGGACGACACGUUCGCGGAUGAUUCGCCCGUUGCUGUUGGGAGCAAUAGGCAAGGUGCACAGGUUAUGUUUGGCAGGGGCCGCCUCGCGGGCAUGGAUGAUGGUGGUGGAAGUGGUCCUCGCAAGAUUUCUGGGAAUGGACCUGUGGAUACACACCUGGCAGAUGCUAUGGAACGGAGAAAGGCUGCCAAGGCUGGGUUCGAUGACAGACAUUGGACAGAUAAGCCCCUCGAUGAAAUGAAGGAGCGUGAUUGGCGUAUAUUUCGGGAAGAUUUCAGCAUUUCAGCAAGAGGUGGCUCUAUCCCUCAUCCGCUUCGUUCAUGGACGGAGUCUGCUAUUCCUCAACCUAUCCUAGACUGCAUCGAGCAAAUCGGUUACAAGGAUCCUUCGCCCAUUCAACGGCAGGCAAUCCCAAUUGGCUUGCUAAACCGUGACAUCAUCGGUAUAGCUGAAACGGGUUCCGGAAAAACGGCUGCCUUUGUUAUUCCCAUGCUGUCCUUUAUCUCGGGCUUGCCACCGUUUACGGACGAUAUUCGGCAUCUUGGCCCAUAUGCUUUGAUCAUGGCACCCACUCGUGAGUUGGCUCAGCAGAUCGAAAGCGAAGCACGCAAGUUCGCGUCACCCCUUGGCUUCAAGUGUGUGUCUAUCGUCGGAGGGGUAUCUGUAGAAGAACAGCAAUUCAACCUACGAGAGGGUGCAGAGAUUAUCAUCGCAACCCCUGGUCGUCUCAAGGACGUCAUCGAGAGACACGUUCUUGUCCUCUCCCAGUGUCGCUAUGUCGUCAUGGAUGAAGCUGACCGAAUGGUUCACCUUGGCUUUGAAGCGGAUCUUACAUUCAUUCUAGAUGCCCUUCCGUCAGAAACUAUGCAAGGAGAGGACCUUGGAGAGCAAAUGGAUGUGGACGGAGAAACUAUGAUCAAGAAGGGCCGAACGCGUGUCACGACGUUGUUUUCGGCUACUAUGCCUGCCGCAGUUGAACGCUUGGCUAGAAAGUAUCUCAAAAAACCUGCAGUGAUCACUAUUGGCGAGGCCGGUCGGGCCGUGGAUACAGUCGAGCAGCGCGUUGAAUUCGUUAGUGGCGACGAGAAGAAGAAACAGAAACUGCUCGAGAUCCUCAACAGCGGACAGUAUGCAUCUCCAAUUAUUGUGUUUGUCAAUCAGAAGAAGACUGCAGACAUGGUUGCCAAGGAUCUCUCGCGCGCUGGUUGGAACGCCGCCACGCUGCAUUCGGGCAAAAACCAAGAACAGCGAGAGGCCUCGUUGCAAUCGUUGCGCAAUGGUGAAUCGGAUGUGCUUGUUGCUACUGACCUUGCAGGACGCGGUAUCGACGUUCAAGAUGUCAGCCUUGUCAUCAACUUUCAAAUGGCAAACACGAUUGAAGCCUACGUGCAUCGUAUUGGACGCACGGGUCGUGCUGGAAAGCUUGGCACUGCCAUCACGUUCCUCACGAACGACGAUGACGAAGUCAUGUACGACCUCAAGCAAGAAAUCUCCAAGAGCCCUGUAUCGAAAGUGCCUGCGGAGCUGGCGAAGCACGAGGCGGCACAACACAAAGUAUCGCGGGAGAUGAAGAGGAAACGGGAAGCUGAUGAUCUUGGGUGA